AGGAAAUAUUUGCUUCAGGCAGAUUCAUAAUCUGAUGAUAAAAGGAAUUUAAAACGGAUUGGUAAAAUGACACGGAUCUGGAUUUCAGUUCUGCUCCUGUGUAGCACCAAGUAUACAGUCGAGUCUGAUAAACGUUGUGUUACUACAGAAUCCCCCCCAAAUCCAGAUGUUUAUCAGGCUGAAGAAAAGCUCAGUGUGAAUAUCGGAGCCUCGGCUACUCUACAGUGUUGUGUUUUAGGAACAGAAAACGGAGACAUUAUCUGGUUUAAGCAACAAAACACAAAACAGCCUCAGGUUAUAGUCAGAUUAUUUAACACUGCCAGAGAAAAGUUUUACAAAGAAUUCCAAAAUUCUCGUUUUCAAAUUAAAAGGUUUGGACACUGCUUCAAUUUGACCAUUUUAAACACCACCCUGUGUGAUGAAGCCACAUAUUACUGUGCGCUCGUGUCUACUGAUGGAACUCGUGUACAAAUGAAAGGUGAGCGUGUUAACGCUGAAACAUCUAAAGCAGCUCUGUGUGAUAAUUCAGUGUUGUGUGAACCAACACCGCAUGGAAACAACACUAACACCGACACACGACACGACACAGUGAUCGGUUUGGGAUCGGCUUUGGGUUUGUGCGCACUUCUGAUUUUCUGUCUCACUUAUUUCAUACUGAGGAGAAGAAAAGGUGAUAAAAUGAAGGAACUGGACAAAUCUCCAGGAAUAAGAGAGGAAUCUCAUAUAAACAGAUUUUCUUACGAAGCUUUGCAGUUCUUCGGGUGGAAAGUCCAACCUGGACGAACGGAUGAUUUCAUGUACACUGAUGUAAUGUAUAUGAAACUGUAAAACAUAAAAAGACAGAAAUCAUAUUAUUAAUAGUUAAACUGCUGGGAUGCUUCAUGUUUUACUGCAAUAUACAUGUUAGUGAUGAUAUUCCACAGUUCCUCAUGUCAGGUGUGCGUAAUUAUUAUUAUUAUUAUUAUUAUUAUUAUUAUUAUUAUUAUUAUUAUUAUUAUUAUUAUUAUUAUUAUGUAGAAACAGUGAACUGAAAUAUUUACUUGUAUGAAUUGUAUUAAAUUACUAAAAUGAAUGAAUUAGUAAAAAAAAAUGAGGUACCUUUUAUUUUAAUUGUGUUAAUUUUCUUACAAUAAAUAUUAAUAUUUAUAAUGUUUUCUGGUAAACUCACAACUGUCCGGGAAAUAAUGUGGUAUAAUAUUUUAACUACGAAGGUGAAGUUCAUAGCGCUGGAUAAGAAAUGUGGAUAUAAGGGACAUGAUUUUGAGCCUCAUUCUGUAGAAGCAUGGAUGUGGUGUAUGAUGGAUGUGGUGUAUGAUAUUAUAUGAUGUAUGAUGGAUGUGGUGUAUGAUAUUAUAUGGUGUAUGAUGGAUGUGGUGUAUGAUAUUAUAUGGAUAUCAUAUAAUUGUCUCUGUGGACACGAAUCAUUUAAUAAUAGUAACAUUUUGUCAUGAGUCUCCGCUUCACACCGAGCGCACAACAUGUGUCGUCUUUGAUUAGUUUGUCUACUUAAACUCUUGCAUGUCUUGUAAUCUCUAGAAGGUGUUCUUGUGUUCUUGUGACCACAAGUGCUAGACGUCGCAUCGUCGUCCUGUUAACAGUAAGAAAUCACUAAACCUUAUACUGUUAGCUGCAGGAUUGUUAGCAUGUACAUUCAAUUUUGUACAUUAGCAAGAAUUUAUGUGCUAACAAACGAAACGUGUUCUUGACUUUUGACAGGAAAUAACACAAUACUAGUCAGUAGAUGGAGCCAGCGCUGUGUGGUAGUGAUGUUGAGAGAAACUCUUGACUG